CAAUAACGCUUUUCUUGCUUGUGCUAAUCACAAUACAGAUCGAUGGGAAAACGAAAAGUAAAGAGACAGCCUCAAAAGAAGCUCAAGGACAAGCUUGACACCCAUUUUAAUUGCUUAUUUUGCAACCAUGAGAAAAGUAUUGAAGUUAAGCUUGAUCGACCUAACAAGGUUGGACAUCUUUCUUGUAAAAUAUGCGAUGUGAACUGGCAGUGCACUAUAACCUAUCUCGAUGAGGGAGUAGACGUAUACUCUGCUUGGGUGGACGCUUGUGAAGAUGUAAACAGAGGCCGAAGAGAACAAAAGAUUCGCGAUCGGGAUAGGCAACGAGACCAAGAAAGAGAUACAGAAGAUGAGCCUCGACAAAGAGCCGCGCCUGCGCCUGCACCUGCCCAAAGUAGCCGUAGUAGCUUUGCAAAUGAUGGCUUAGAUCCUUUUGAUGAAGACGAUGAGGAUGACGAAGACUAUUGAUCUCUUUGAACCUUCC